GCCGGGAGAAAGUCCGGGACGGCGUGACUGUGGAAUCCACCACCUCCCCGUCCGAUGUGAGGCACAGCCCAGAAGCGACCAUGCCGGGCAAACGGAAGCGCGUGGUGUUGACGAUCAAGGACAAACUGGACAUCAUCGAGAAGCUCGCGGUCGGGAACUCCUCGAAAGAGCUGGCGCUGAUCUACGGGAUCGGCGAGUCCACGGUCCGGGACAUCGGGAAGAGCAAGGAGAAGAUCAUCACGUACGCCAGCGGCCUGAACUCCACCAGCGGCCUGUCCAGACGCAAGUCGAUGAAGCCGGCCACCUACGAGGAGCUGGACCGGGCCAUGCUGGAGUGGUUCAACCAGCAGCGGGCCAAGGGGACCCGGGUGUCCGGGCCCAGCUGCCUGAAGCAGGCCCAGUUCUUCUUCUACGCCCUGGGGAUCGAAGGCGACUUCAACGCCUCGUCGGGCUGGCUGUCGCGGUUCAAGCAGCGCCACGGCAUCCGGGGGAUCGCCAUCCCGGGCGACAGGCCGAGCGGGGACGAGGCGGCCGCCAGCCGGUUCUGCAGCGGCUUCCAGGAGCUGCUGGAGCGGGAGAACCUGCGGCCGGAGCAGGUCUACAACGCGGACGAGGCCGGGCUCUUCUGGAGGCGCCUCCCCAGCAAGGCCCUGAGGGGCGAGGGGGAGCCGGGGGGGCCGGCCCCCGAGGGCCCCAAGGACCGCAUCACGGUCAUGUGCUGCGCCAACGCCACGGGCUUCCACAAACUGAAGCUGUGCGUGGUGGGGCGGGCCAAGAAGCCCCCCGCCUUCGCCCAGGCCGCCGCCUCCAACCUGCUGGUCUCCUACUUCAGCCAGAAGGGCGCGUGGAUGGAGCGGGCCAUCUUCAAGCAGUGGUUCGACGAGAGCUUCGUGCCCCAGGUGCGGGAACACCUGAGGUCCCUGGGCCUGCCCGAGAAGGCCGUGCUGCUCCUGGACAACGCCCCCGCCCACCCCAACGAGAACGUCCUGAAGUCGGACGACGGGAACAUCUUCGUCAAGUACCUGCCCCCGGACGGGGCCGCGUCGAUCCAACCCAUGGACCAGGGCGUGGUGGCCACCAUGAAGAGGCACUACCGGUCCGGGCUGGUCCAGAAGCACGUGGACGAAGGCGGGGACCUGAGGGCGUUCUGGGAGAAGCUGACCGUGCUGGACGCCAUCUACGAGGCCUCGCGGGCGUGGAACACGGUCACCCCGGUGACCAUCAGCCGCGCCUGGAAGAACUUCUUCCCCGAGAACGCGGGCUUCGACUUCGAGGAAGGGGGCGUCUCGGCCGUCCACCUGGCCACCAUCUUCAAGCGCGCCGAGGGCUGCGGGGACGUGGACGUGGACGACGUGGAGCGCUGGUUCGACGUCGACCGCGCCGAGCCCGGCUACGAGGUGUUGACCGACAGCGAGAUCAUCCGGCGGGCGCAGGGGUGGGGGGACGACUCCAGCGGCAACGAGGAGGAGGGGGAGCCGGGGCUGGUCCCGGAGAGGCCCAUCAGCCACGCCGCCGCCCUGGAGUGGACGGAGAGCUUGCUGAAUUACCUAGAGCAGCAGUGCGACACGCUCCUGUCCGACAAACUUCUGGUCCGGAGGCUCCGGACCACCAUCAGGAAGAAGCAGAAGACCCCCCGGUGAGCUGGAAGGCAGCCCAGGGGGAGACGGGAAAGUAUUUCGGUGUCCCUUUUUGUAACCGUGCUAGUGACUGGUCUGUCCGCAAGUGUGGAUCUCUUAGUCCGUGCGAAGUGUUGUAAAAGCCGUUCAAGUGUAAGCGGAGACGUGCGUUCCAGAGCCAAAUAUAUAAAUGACUUUCG